AUGGGACAACCCAAUUACCCGUGUCCUAAAUACCACAGCUAUCAUCUUUAUCCUCAUCCUAGCCAGCCUAUACCUGACCAGCCUGUUACAAUGCCAAUGCCUGUGCCUAUUCAACAUCAACAAGGUCAAUUCAUGCCAAACCUACCCAUAAUGAUACCCACCACAUCAAACCCAUUGCACCCCCAACACAUCAUUUUCCAGUCCACAAUAUCUCCCCAACUUGCUAGACCUCAACAAACAAUUGGUUACCGGCAGCAAAUAUCCAUUGGCAUGUACCAGCGGCAUCAUCCCAAUGAAAACAAUGAUUUUAUGUGUCUACGAAGGAAUGUUCAGUUCAAAAGGGAAUUAGACGCCGAGGAGGAACAAAAUAAGGUCGUGAUUAAGGAAUAUCCGAGGCAGACAACUUCAUACUCUGGUCCAUACAUUGUCAUGAUUUUGGUUAAUUUGCCAUCAAAAGUAUUUAACACCCUAUCCACAGCACUAAACAGUGUCGCUGCAAUUGAUACAUUGAUGCAGUACAAAGAUGAACACUGGAUAGUUAAGUUCAUAGGUGAAGUAUGGGAUAGAGUAGAUUGGGGUAGUGUGGUUAAAAAGAUAGUACCAGUUAAGUUCGCAGAUGUAGGAAAAGGAGAUGAAUGCAAUCGCAUUUUGGUGAGAUCAGACAGGGUGAAUAAUUGUUGUCUACCAUUUGAGCUAGCGAGGCAAAUUUCGUCGUCGUCAUUACUAAACACAAGCACGGCAUUCUCUAUUUUUGGUGACAAAAAUGCCAGCUCAUCUGUGUGUUGUUAUGAAACAUGCGCUGUGUCCUCGCCAAAUUUUGACUUCAUCAUUUCACUAACAGGUCAAAGUAAAUUAAACACACAGAAAUGCCUAAUUGACUGUGUAGAAUUCGGUGGGUUGGGUUUUUGCUCAAUUUGCCGGUCCAAUCAGAUACAACAAGAGAAGAUAUCUAUGACACUAGAGAACUGGGUUGGGAAAGAUCGGUUUGGGCUUGUGCUUCGUUGCACAAGCCUCCAGAUGCCAGAUUUGCUGGGUAAAAUCAGUAAACACUUAUAUUACAUUUGA